AUGGACAAUUGGUAUCGGACAUUGAUCAGCUAUGGCGGCAAGAGGAACCAAGAACUUGAAGAACAACAAGGAGUGCGGUAUGUUCUCAAAGAAGGAGAUUACGUGAAUUCUUAUCAAACCGAUUCAACCAAAACGUCAUUUUCCAUAACCUCGAGGCGUACUCAUCUCUCAGCAGCCAGAAUGAUCCCGAGAUCAACGACUUCCAAUCUUGCUAAAGAUCCCAAGUCGAAAACUCAACAAUCGGCUCCAAUGGUUGUGCCGGAUUGGUCCAAAGUAUCCCAUUUAGAGGACGAGGACGAUGAUGAGAAUGAUGUAAGGAUUCCUCCCCAUGAAUGGAGUGCAAGAGCAAUGCGUAAUAAAUGGUCAUUCUCGGUAUGCGAGGGUGCUGGGAGGACACUCAAAGGAAGAGAUCUAAUGACGGUGAGGAACGCGAUUCUCACUAGAACAGGAUUCUUAGAAUAA